GACGAUUUUUGACCGAAAUGCCUGGACUAUUGCCGUAGAUAUUAUCAAUGGGUGAUUUUUAUUUAAUUUCUCAAGUCAUACCGGUUAGGCAAAAUAUUUUUUACAAUUUCGAGGAAUUUUCAUUGUCCUGACUGUUUCUACAAGUUGGUUCAAGUUCCCCUCACUUGAGCGCUCGUUACAGGGAGAUUCCCUGGGAAAGUUGUGUUUACAAACGUGCGAAGUGGGCCGUCAUCACCCAGAGGCGAUCUGGGGUUGUUCAAGUUCCAGUUAUAGUAGGGAUAUGGAGAUUCCUGAAGAAACGUUGCUUACAUUUGAACAUCACGAGAUGGACGAAAUGUGUUCUGAACCGGCGAAUCCAACUUCAAGAGUUGGCGCAGUAACUUCUCUGGUAUCUCCGACACCAAGCGAGGAUUCCCAAAAAGCGCCGCCGGAGAAACAAUCGACCGCUAAGGCACAAAAGCUUGAGUUGUCUCCCGAACUUCGACAUGGCUAUCGAAUUCUCAUGGGCGUAAUGUCUUGCAGUAAAUCCAUUGUGUGGUCGUUUUUGGAUCCAGUUGAUGUCGAGAAAUACAACCUGUGGGACUACCACGAGCGCGUGAAAGAGCCCAUGUGGCUCCGAAAAAUGGAAUCCAAGUUUGAGAAUGGGGAGUACACAACAAUCACAGAAUUUGUUAGAGAUUUUAGACAUAUGCUUGAAAAUUGUUACAGAUAUAAUGGUCUUGAUCAUUGGGUUUCAAAGCAAGCCAUGAAAUUGGAAAGAAUUUUUGAACAGAAACUAAAUCUUAUGUCAAGACCUAUUAGAGAAAAGGCAACCCAUUUCUUGACUUCAGGAGGUAGAUAUGGAGAUGAUAAAUCUGAAACUAUUGUUACAGGGCCCAGAAAAAGGACGGCAUCUCGGGCACUUUAUGGUCAUGACAAUGUGGAGAACUCCCCAAUUGUUGCAUUUAUCAAACAAGAAGAAGAACUCAAUGAAAUUGAAGAUAAACGACAGAAGGAGCGAGAAAAGAAAGAGGAAAUACUCAGAAUGCAGCAAGAGGUUAUUGACUGGGAAGUCAAUCUUCUUGCAGAACCAGUAGGCUCUCAGCUAAGAGCAAUGUGGGAGAUACCUCAAAUAGGACAUUUUUUGUACAUAUGCCAAAGUUCAUUGAAUAUAGGUGAAGUAGUAUUCUAUGAACUAGAGAGGGGUUUCCUCAUGCCGCGAGAAAGUUCUACAUUUGCUAAAGUGUUUACCUCAUUAUUGAGUACACCCUUCCAAAGAAUAAGCCUUAACAAAAAACCACCUAUGCCUUAUACUGUCUGGGAAACAAAGCUGAGGGAGAAAAUUCGAGUUUGGUACAAGGUGUUAGAACAGAAAGCUGGUGAUAAAAUUCAGGCAUCUUCACAGCUUGGUAUUGAUCCUUUAUUUUUUGAUGUUCUUGGCACAAAAUUUGUGUUAGACAAGAAAAGUUAUCAUGAAUUAACAUUUUACCAAAGAGUCUGGAUUAUGAAGUCCAUGGUUGAUAUUAUUGUGGAAAAUCAUCAGGCUAUAAGAGACUGUAUUAAUUCCAUGCCCCGCAGUGAACUUCAUGCAAUAACGCUUGGCCACGACAGUGAAGGCAGUUCCUACAUUCAUUUUCCUCAUUUCUGCGGUGCUGAUGUUCGAAUAUACAAACAAACUGCAAUACCUGAUCCAUUUGCUAAACCUCCUAAGGAGAAAGUUAAAGAAGAAAAAGUGAAAGGAAAAAGAGGAAGGAAAAGAAAGACUGAAAUCCCAGAUAAAAAGGAACUGAAGAUUUUUGGAAAGAAGAAAAAGAAGAAGAUGAAGAAAACGGUCACACCAGUGCCUCCUGUAGUGAGAGAAAGACCAAGCAGACUCAGACAGAGAAUAAUUCCUGUGCUUAAAUCAUCUGAACUGCUGUUUGAAACCUCUGAAUCUACAUAUACCUCAUCUAUUGAAGACAGUGAAGAUGUUGACUGUGUUGCUGCUGCUAUACAACAAAGCAAGCUAGAAUCAAACAGAAAAAGGAAUGCUGAGUCUGAUGAAGAAUACAGUUCUAAUUUGAGUGAAAAUGAAUUCCAUACUGAUGAAAAUAAUAUUGUUAUUGACAAACCAACUUGUAAAAGGAAAAAGAAGUGUGAAGGGAUUGAAGACAAUCUAGAUGCAGACCAUGAUUGUCUUGAUAAUUGUCAAGAAAAAGAAAAACCAUGUUCAAAGGUAAUGGAUGAUGAUGAUGUGUGUGAUGACAAAAGUGAGAUAAUGGAACUCAACUUUGCGGAAGACAAAAAUAGCCCCGUUUGCCAGGAAGAAACUAUGGAAAAUGGCUGUAGUAGUGAUGAUGAUGCACUUGAUGAUAAUGAAAAAGAAAAUAAUACAAAUGAACUAAUAACAGAUUUUGCUGAUGUGGAAAAUAUAAAAGAUAGUGAAAAUGAUACAAAUAGAAGUGAAAUAGCAUGUAAUGAUGAAGAUAAAAGGACACAUAGCGAUAAGAUUUGUGUAAAAGAUGAACAGUUGCCUGUUGAAAAGAAAUUUCAAACAGAAAAUGAAGUAAAGAAAGAAUUGUCAGUGGAACAUAAACAGUGUCAAGAAGAAAAUAUUUCUUUAGAUACAUUAAAAAAAGAAUCGGUUCACAUCAAGAAGCCAAUUAAUGUAGUGAAACAAGAAAAAGUGAGCACUGACCAAAAAACAAAAAUUGAACUUGCUGAUGAAAUGACCAUUAAAGAUACAUUAGACAAUGAUGAAAGUGAGGAAAAGGUUAAUAUAUUGAAGAGGGAAUUAGUGAAUGGGAAGGAAUGUCCUGAGAGAACUGAUAAUGAAGAUUGCUCUAAUGCUCAAGAAGUGACUGACAAAACCACUGAAAUAAACCACACAAAAGAAGAUGAAAAAGUAGAAGAAAAAGAAGAGGAGAUGAUAGAAGUCCUGCCGGAAAAGGCCUGGAUUCACUAA